AUGGAUUCUAUCUGUAACCCUUGUGAGAGGAGAGACGUUGUAUCUAAGUUAACACACUGGUGUAGUGAUUGUGAGGAUGGGCUUUGCGGGAAAUGCUUUAAGGAUCACCAAGCCAUGAAAUUAACACAAUACCAUCAUGUGUCGGAAAUGGCUCAAAUGUCUAUUGAAAAAUCUAAACUUCUAUCAAUACCUCAAUGUGAGAGGCAUCAAGAUUGUCGUGAAGAUUUUAUUUGCUUAGACCACGAUCUUAUUUGCUGCCAUGCCUGUAUAAAAUUAGAUCACAAGGACUGCAAAAAAGUUUCCAAUGUGAAUGUUUUGUCAAAGGGAGUUAAGGAGUCUGAACUGUUUAUAUCUAUCAAACGCACGGUGCAAGAUUUAAGAGAGACCAUAACAGAGAUCUUAAAAGAAAGGCAAAGUGUAAAGGAAAACGUUAAAAAACAACAACAAAGAGUCAAAAUGGAAAUCGCUAAUACGAAAUCAAAGUUCAUGGAACAUAUCAACAAUCUAGAAAAGAGCUUGAUACAGGAACUUUCAAAUAUUGAAAAAGAGACCAAGAAUUUAAUUGAAGAAGAAAUGGACCAAUUACUGAAAACUGAAGAAGGAUUUGACGAAGAUGACAAAGCCUUGCAAUUUAUUGCUGAUAAUGGAUCUGAAGGCCGGCUGUUUACCUACCUGAGGAAACAAAGACGAAAACAAGAAGACAUUGAGAAAAUGUUACAAGAAGUUUCUCCAACAUCAAGAGUGAAGAUAAGUUUUGAGGAAGCUAGUCAUGGCUAUAAAGCAAUUAAAGCACUAGGGUUCUUUUCCGUUCAUUACGAGAUUGUAGAGUCAGAAAGAGCAUUGAAACGUUCAACAAUUGAAAAAGACUCUGAUAACACAGCACAAACCGUUUCAGUACAGAGCAAUGAAGCUACAACCACACCAACAGAAUGUAUACGAAAGUUUCCAAUGUUGGAAGAAACCUUACAAAUACAGCUUGAUCCGAAAGAUUUCAUUGGUAGAGAUGAAAAAUAUGCAAAAUUGAAUUUGCGUAAUGUUUGUCUUGGUGUUCGAGAUGAUAAUUUUUUACUUAUUGGAGGUCAUGUGACAAUUCUAGAGGAACACACAGAACGAAAUAAGCCAUCAAAAUACAAAAACAACUUCAGUGUUGUGAAAUAUGUGCAUGAUGAUAAAGGACUAACAUUUGUCAACGGAUAUAGCAUCUACUGUGAACAGUACACAGAAUCUGCUCAUGAGUGUUCUAUGAAUAUUGCACUCAGCUGCAUUCCUAAAUCAACACAGGCAGUUUACUUGUACGGCAAAAGUUUUGAACUUAUAGACACAGAAUCCAUGGAAAGUCAAUGGUCCUUAGAACUUGAUAAUGAAUUCCAAGCCUUAGCCACUGAUGAAAAAUUCAUAUAUAUUUCAAAUAAUAAUACAAUGUAUAAAUAUAAUCGUAUUGGUUGCCUCUUGACUCAUAUAAGGUUUAUAAACUGUAGUUCGUUUGCUUCGACAUUAAAUGGUAAUUUUGCUUGCCAUUCUGUUAGCUUCCGUUUGAUGAGUGGAAAUGGAUCUGAGAUAUUCUCCUACCACCCUGCAGUCCUGAAGGGUAUUACAGUAGACGAUGACGGUAACAUCUACCUGGCAACUAGAGACGGGAUACAAGUAUUAGAUCCAUUGAAGAUGACGACUGAGAUGGUGUAUAGAUAUGACAAAGAAGUACCCAAUAGUUUGAUGGGAGUUGUUUGUAAUAGGGAUAAACAAUUGGUAUUUAUUCAAAGACAAAAAUCCAAACAAGGUGGAGAUUUUGGAUACGUCUUCACCAAUAGAUAUUCUGCUGUGAUUUGUAAACUUAGCGUUAAAGUCGAGGAAUUUAGUAUUCAUGUUUUAACUAGAUCCAACAGGUAG